AUGGAGGUCGCCAUAGCAGCAGCUUCAAGCGUUGCGAUUCCGAAGCUCACCUCGUCUUUCCCGGCAGCUACUUCCAGGCCAAUUCAACGCAACAGAGCUCUUUCAAUCUCCUCGUCGCCCUUUUCGUCGACUUCUCUCUCGACAAGCACUGUCUCUCCCUUCUCGUCCGGCGCCGUUGGAGAAUCGUAUGGAAUCGGAAGCAAGCCGGGCGCUCUAUAUCCAGCUCCAAUUCCAAGCUCUAAGGCCAAACGAAGCGUCGUCGCCAUGGUUAUUCCUUAUACGAGGGGAAGUGCAUGGGAGCAACCUCCACCUGAUUUAGCAUCUUACUUGUUCAAGAAUCGGAUUGUUUACCUGGGCAUGUCCCUUGUUCCUUCCGUCACAGAGUUAAUACUUGCAGAAUUUCUUUACCUUCAGUAUGAAGAUGAAGAAAAACCUAUUUAUCUUUACAUCAACUCGACAGGGACAACCAAGGGUGGUGAAAAGCUGAGUUAUGAGACGGAGGCUUUUGCUAUUUAUGAUGUUAUGGGGUAUGUAAAGCCACCAAUAUUCACUCUCUGCGUUGGUAAUGCUUGGGGAGAGGCUGCCUUGUUAUUGGCUGCUGGUGCAAAAGGAAACCGUUCUGCAUUACCUUCAUCAACUAUCAUGAUUAAGCAGCCCAUUGGCAGAUUUCAGGGCCAAGCUACAGAUGUUGAACUUGCAAGAAAAGAGAUGAAUAAUGUUAAAGCAGAACUGGUCAACCUAUUUGCAAAGCACAUCGGGAAGACAUCUGAACAGAUUGAAGCUGAUAUCAGUCGGCCAAAGUACUUUAGUCCGGCUGAGGCAGUUGAAUAUGGAAUCAUUGACAAAGUCUUGUACAAUGAACGAGGCAGCGAAGAUCGUGGAGUUGUUUCUGACCUUAAAAAGGCACAGCUUAUAUAA